AUGCUCUCCCUCUGCCUCCUCGUCCUCCGCGCCCAAGCGCCCUGCCUGGGCACGGCCCCGCCGCCCGGCAGCUCCCCGUUCCCCGACGGCGGGCAAGAGCAAUUUAUGAAGACAGUGCCAGAACACCAUGUGGUUCAUCCAGCAAGAGUAGAUGCAAGUGGGCAUUUUCUUUCUUUUAAUCUAAACCAUCACAUCUCAAGCCCAAGGAAGAAGAGAGAUCUCGGAAAAAGUGAAAAUGUGGUAUAUUACAAAAUUACUCAUGAGGAGAAGGAUCUAUUUUUUAACUUGACUGUCCACAUGGGAUUUCUUUCCCAUAACUAUGUAGUAGAAAGGAGACAUGGUAACCACACCAGAGCGAAGAUUUCUAUGCAGUCUGGAGUUCCUUGCCACUUCCUUGGCACAGUGUGGCAGCCCGGCUCCAGCAGUGGGACUGCAGCCAUCAGCACUUGCAGUGGCCUGACUGGAUAUUUCCAUCUGCCCCAUGGGGAUUACUUCAUUGAGCCCAUUAAAAAGCAUCUACAGAAGGAGGGAACACCCCAUCCUCAUAUUGUCUAUGGUGCAAAUAAUGCUCUAAGGAGAAGACGGGCCAUCCUGGUGGAAAAAGAACAAGCAUGUGGACUGAAUGAUACCCACAGCUUUUUCAAACAGCAAGAGCAUCGGAGAGAGAGAUGGGAACAAAAUCGUGCAGCUGUCAGAAGGGUUUCUCGGCGCUCUGUCAGCAAGGAGCGGUGGGUGGAGACACUUGUGGUUGCCGACAGUAAAAUGGUUGAAUAUCAUGGCAGUGACCAUGUGGAAUCGUAUAUCCUCACUAUAAUGAACAUGGUCACAGGGUUGUUCCAUGAUCCAAGCAUUGGCAACGCAAUUCACAUUGUGCUGGUCCGGCUCAUCCUCUUUGAGGAGGUGGAGCAAGGCUUGAAGAUAGUGCACCAUGCUGAUAAGACAUUAGCCAGCUUCUGCAAGUGGCAGAAGAGUGUCAAUCCCAAGAGUGAUGUCAACCCCACACACCACGAUGUGGCCGUCCUUCUCACCAGAAAGGACAUUUGUGCUGGCAUGAACCGUCCCUGUGAAACCUUAGGCUUGUCUCACCUGUCAGGCAUGUGUCAGCCUCACAGGAGCUGCAACAUCAAUGAGGACUCUGGCCUUCCCUUGGCUUUCACUAUUGCUCAUGAACUUGGACACAGUUUUGGAAUCCAGCACGAUGGAAAGGAGAACGACUGUGAGCCUGCUGGGAAGCGCCCGUAUAUUAUGUCCCGACAGCUGCAGUAUGAUCCUACUCCACUCACCUGGUCACAGUGCAGCAAGGAGUACAUCACACGGUUCCUAGAUCGUGGAUGGGGAUUCUGUCUGGAUGACAUCCCCCAGAAAGAAGUUCUGAAGUCCCCAAUCAUUGCUCCUGGAGUGAUUUAUGAUGUGCACCACCAGUGCCAGCUUCAGUAUGGUUCCAAUGCUACAUUCUGUGAAGAUGUGGAUAACCUUUGCCAGACGCUCUGGUGCUCGGUGAAAGGCUCCUGCCGCUCCAAGCUGGAUGCAGCUGCAGACGGCACUAGGUGUGGAGAAAACAAGUGGUGCUUCUCUGGUGAGUGCAUUACAGUAGGGAAGACUCCUGAAGCAGUCCAUGGCGAGUGGGGUGUUUGGUCAUCCUGGUCCCAUUGCACAAGGACAUGUGGGGCAGGAGUUCAAAGCGCAGAGAGGCCAUGUGAUAAUCCAGAACCCCAGUUUGGAGGAGACUACUGCACUGGAGAAAGGAAACGCUAUCGCAUAUGUAACAUCAGCCCCUGUCACAAAGACUUGCCCACCUUCCGUCAGAUGCAGUGCAGUGAAUUUGAUACAGUUCCCUACCAGAAUGAAUUCUACCACUGGGUUCCUGUUUAUAACACAGCAAACCCCUGUGAGCUCCACUGUCGCCCAGUAGAUGGCCAUUUCUCAGAGAAGAUGCUGGAUGCAGUCACUGAUGGUACUCCUUGCUUUGAAGGAAGGCACAGCCGAGAUAUCUGUAUUAAUGGCAUGUGUAAGGCUGUUGGCUGUGAUUAUGAGAUAAAUUCCAAUGCAACAGAAGACCAGUGUGGAGUUUGCCUGGGAGACGGCUCUGCUUGUCAUACAGUGAAGAUGAUGUUUAAUCAAAGUGAAGGAUUUGGAUAUGUUGAUAUUGGGCUAAUUCCAAAAGGUGCAAGGGGGAUCAAAGUCAUGGAAGUUACAGAAUCAGGAAAUUUCCUUGCCGUGCGAAGCAAAGACCCAGAAAAAUACUACCUGAAUGGAGGCUUUAUCAUCCAGUGGAAUGGUGAAUACAAAGUGGCAGGCACAAUAUUUCAGUAUGACAGAACAGGGGAUCUAGAAAAUCUGACUGCUCCAGGACCCACCAAUGAAUCAAUAUGGAUUCAGCUACUUUUUCAAGAAACUAACCCUGGAAUCGAGUAUGAAUACACUGUACGUAAAGAAGAAAGUAAUGAGAAUGAGAUUGGAGAGCCAGAGUAUUUUUGGCAAUAUGGAGAGUGGACAGCCUGCAGUGUUACCUGUGGAAGAGGGGUGCGGCGGCAGAUCGCUCACUGCGUGUGGAGGGGCAGCGGAGCCACCAGGAAUUCCUUCUGUGACCCGGCCACGCAGCCCCACGGGCGGCAGAAGAAAUGCCACGAGCGGGACUGCCCGCCCAGGUGGUGGGCAGGGGAAUGGCAGAAAUGUUCGACCACAUGUGGCCCAACAGGCCAGAAGAAGAGAACUGUGCUUUGCAUCCAGACGGUGGGAUCUGAUGAGCAGGCACUGGAUGUCACAGAGUGCCAGCACCUGCUGAAACCAAAGACCCACCUGUCAUGCAACAGAGAUAUCUUGUGCCCAUCUGACUGGACAGUGAGCAACUGGACUGAGUGCACAGUCACUUGCGGUGGUGGAAUCAGGACUCGUAAUGUCACUUGUGCCAAAAAUAAUGAUGAGCCAUGUGAUAGUUCCAAGAGACCAAACUCUAAGGCCCUGUGUGGUCUUCAGCAAUGCCCUUCUACUGGAAGGUUUCUGAUGCCCCCACAGGCACCCAGAAGAGGCAAGAUCAUAAUCAGAAAAACAACUGCUGGUCCUGAACGGAGUCUUCCUCGCAGAAUACGCAAACCAAACCCCAGGUUCCAUACAACAACAAAAACACCCAAGUAUGAAAGUGUAACUCCCUGUUUGCCUACAUCCUCUGGUUUGGUAAAUGUCUCAGGAAAAGAGGAAGCAGCCAACAGGACAUUGCAAAAUAACAUUGCUGAAUCAAGUGAUGUUUACAAUUACUCAAUUGUUUCUACUGAAAAUAGCUCAUAUCAAAAUAAUAGUUCAUGGCCUUUUCAUAACAACUUAAGAACUGAAAUUAUAAGCCAUGCUGAAAACACUUCUAAAAGUGAGCCAGUUUCUACUUCAGAGAGGGAGAUGCAAAGAAGUGAGGACACUCCUGUUUCCUCUUUUACCAGUAAUCCAGAAAUAACUUCCAGCUAUGAUUACUUAACUGAGGAAUCUGACAACACUGAUGGGCCACUUGGAGUCAGCCAGAAAACAGUUGAUCUCUUUAACAGCACAGAACUCAAUCCUGAAAUCAGGACCAGAAGCACAACCUUGGACACUGCCUCUCCUGUGACUCAGAGUGAGAGUGUGACUUCUCAGUCCCCACCAGCAUCUCAUCACCGAGACCCUUCCGUGCUCAGUCCUGUGAGCAGAGCAGCACAAGGGCUGGCAUUUCCAACAGCAGCAAACUAUGUCAGUCUGCAGGUUGAUGUGCCUGUUGUAGAGGUAACUACCCCACAAGCACUGGUUACAGAAAUGCCCACAGAGCUUGGUCGUGCACCAAGAGGUCAGAGUGACCACAGAGAAGAAAUAAAGCUGCCUGACACCGUGACUACCAGCACACAAUCCUCAACUCUCAAGCAUGCUCUGAACAACCAAAGUGCAGCAUCUGGGGGUGUUUUAAGGAAUGUCACAGACAACAGCCAUGUAAUAACAUCCAACAGUUUACCCAGUGAUGCCUACUGGAUAGUAGGCAACUGGAGUGAGUGCUCUACGACCUGUGGAAUGGGGGCUUUCUGGAGACAUGUGGAGUGCAGCAGCAGGAACACAUCUCACUGUCAGGACAUGAAAAAGCCUGAUCCUGCAAAGAGAUGUUAUCUCCGCCCAUGUGCUAGCUGGAAAACAGGAAAUUGGAGCAAGUGCUCUGUGAACUGCAGCGGAGGCUUCAAGACCCGAGAUGUUCACUGCAUGGAUGUUCGGGAAAAGCGGCUGCUCAGGCCUUUCCAUUGCCAGUUGCUCAGCUAUAAACCACAGUUCAACACUAGCUGUAACACAGAACCUUGCUUGCAAUGGCGUGUGGAGCCCUGGAGUGAGUGUUCGAGGACGUGUGGUGGUGGCCAGCAGACGCGGCACGUCUCCUGCCCGCGGGAAGGGCUCUGUGACUGGGCCAGCAGACCUGAUGCCAUGGCACCGUGCAGCAGGCAGCCUUGCACACAGUGGAUCCACCAAGCCUGGAGCCCGUGUCCUGUUUCUUGUGGAGGGGGCAUGCAACAAAGAGCUGUGAAAUGCAUGAAUACAGAAACUAAUGAGACAGAAGAUGACAGUAUGUGCAUGGAAAAAGCCAAGCCCACAAAAUAUCAGAAAUGUAAUCUGCAAGAGUGCAGGAAAAAUACAGGGCUGCCCUGCAGCAAAGACCAGCUGUCAGUUCACUUCUGCCAGAGGCUGAAAGGCAUUGGCAAGUGCUUGCUGCCAUCAAUACAAGUUCAGUGCUGCUUCACGUGUAGCCAGCCCCGAAUUCGUAACAAAGCAAGACAUGGGGACCAGCGAGUCUUCAAACAACAAAAUUACACUAAAUCUAGAAGAAAACCACCUCAAAACCAAGAAAACAACAACCAAGCAGCUUGGCACUAGCUGUUUUUCUCUUUGUUUCCUUGAAUAGAGCUUCUGUUUACAGGUUUUACGUUUCUUAUUUUUUUUCUGAACCAUCCAGCAUAAAUGGAAAUCUGUGAUCAAAACUGGGAAAAUGCAUCACCUAGGGUUAUAAAUCAUAAUUUACUGCUUCAGUUUUUUUAUCUGUAAUAGUCCAAAAUUUGUUACAUAAAUUUCAAUGUACCAACAGCUAGUACUUCUUAGGCAUGCAUAGACACUAGAAACAGGCUUGCAAGAAUUUUCUGAUUUUUUGUAAUGAAUGUUUAACUUGUUUUGCCAUCUCUUUUCCAAAAUCCACUUGAAAGACCAGCACUGCUUACUCAAGAGUGCUUAGUGAAGGUGGCCCUUGGGGCAAUAGACACAUACCUAUGCCAUGAGCCAGUUCUCUUUAUGCUCUCUUGCCUUUCUUUUUUAGGAAUCAAAGUGCAGUGGCAGUGUUUCUCUAAAUUCAUUGCUCACUUCAUAAAUUUAAAAACAGAGUUUUGUAAUAUCUGUUAAUGAUAGUCAGGAUGAAUUGAAACACUGUUUUUUUCAGGAGAAAAAAAACUUUGCUAAGUACUUGACUGAAUCUGUAAAGGAUACCUCAGCCAUAACCUGUUCUUGGCAGUUUUCUUCUGCUACAAAUGUCUUGCUGUAACCUGGAAACCCCUGUAACAUAUGGGCUGUUAAGUUCCCAAAUAUGUUUUAAGCAGCAUUUCUUGGUACUACAAAAUCCAAGCCGUUUGCAUCUACCACCUUAAUAGUCAUAG